GCCACCAUGAAGAAUUUAAGCAGUGUUUUAGUGUUCACUCUUUCUGGGUUUAGUGAAAUAACAGAAACUUGGCAUAUGCUCCUCAGCAUAACCCUAUUAUGUUACAUUGUAAUUUUGUGGUUCAAUACGACUAUUAUUGUCACAAUCAUCUUAAAUAGAAGACUGCAUGAACCAAUGUACAUUUUCCUUUGUAAUCUGUGUAUUAAUGCCCUUUAUGGAACUGCUGGCUUCUAUCCCAAAUUCAUGUAUGACCUACUGUCUGAGUUCCAGGUGAUUUCAUAUGCAGGAUGUCUCACACAAGCUUUUGUCAUUUAUUCGUCAGUUUUGUGUGACUUUUCAACUUUAACAAUAAUGGCAUAUGACAGGUAUGUGGCAAUAUGUUGGCCAUUAGAAUAUCACUCUAGAAUGACAAACUACACAGUUAUGAAAUGUAUUCUAUUUUCCUGGUUUGCCCCAUUCUUUUGCAGUUUUACUGGCCUGGCUUUAACGAGAAGACUUAUUUUGUGUGGAUCCAUUAUUGAAAAACUUUACUGUGAAAACUGGGCAGUUGUGAAGCUGUCAUGUUCUUCUACAGUAGUAAAUAAUGUAUUUGGUUAUAUGGUAAUAAUAAUAUAUUUCUGUCAUACAUUAUUUAUUUUCUGUUCAUAUAUUAGACUAAUUGGUGCUUGUCAGAAUUCAGCUGAGAGCAGGAGUAGAUUCAUGCAGACCUGUAUUCCACAUUUGGUUGUCUUGCUCAAUUUCACUGUUGCUUUGCUGUUUGAUGUGAUGUACAGCAGGUAUGGAUCAACAAAUUUUCCUCAAGGUUUGCGUAAUUUCCUCGCAUUAGAAUUCCUUAUCAUUCCACCAGUUGUAAAUCCCAUCAUUUACGGACUCAAACUUACCAAAAUACGUAAACAAGUUUUAAGAUUUUGCUAG